AUAAGAAAUCGAUUUGUUAUGUCAUACAGGACGUACUGGCGGGGCACGCGAGGAACUCGGAAAGAGUCUAGUACUCGCUCCUAGCGUGAAAAUAGAAUAAGCAAAGGUACGUACGUAGUAGUCAUGAGCCGACAACAUGAACGUUCGGGCCCGCCAUUGUCCGCCAACCGUGGUACCACAAGCCGAGCGGCAGCGAAGGACGCAGGGUCCCGUGAGGCCCUCGCUUGCCACUCCCGAGGCGUACCGAGCGCUGCUUCUGGCCCGCCGCGUCUGAUGCCCGCGACAUAUUGGCCUCUGCCGACCACGUCCGCGCGCCGUGCGCGCCGGGGCCUGCCCCUUCGUUCGCCAUCGCGUGGACGUGAGGGCGCGCGCAGCUGGGGCAUCUUCUAGCCAUCGGGAUCGUAGCGAUAUCUAGAUUCUAGAGCACUACUUGCCACACAGGCCACACCU